GGGCCAGGGCGCAGCGCCCAGCCCCGCCGGACAAAAGGAGCUGCCCGGCUGGCGAGCGGAGAGCCUGCGCCCGGCAAGGAGAGGGGCCCGGCGAGAAGCCACCGGGGCGCGCACUCGGCACAUGGCCAAGGGGGGCGCGCCUCUCCUUCCCCGCCUCCCCGGGAGGGCGAGCGAGGUGCGGGGGCCAAGCUUCGCGACUGGGGCGGGGGGGGGUCCCCUUGGCUCCCCUUCCCUCCCGCGACACGCCCCCUGGAGAGGGGAAGGGGGCAGGGAAACUUGGGGCAGGGGGCACGUGGGCAUGGGCCGGCUCUGGGUGCCUUGCGUGUACACCUAUAUGCGAUUGCCAGCUGUUGGAAACUGUUUUGAAUAAUGUGUUUCAGUGCUGCAGCCGGCCCUGUGGCCUUAGGGUGAAGGGUGGACAAUAGAAUUAUUAUUAUUAUUAUUAUUAUUAUUAUUAUUAUUAUUACAGUGGUACCUCGGGUUACAUACGCUUCAGGUUACAUACGCUUCAGGUUACAGACUCUGCUAACCCAGAAAUAGUACCUUGGGUUAAGAACUUUGCUUCAGGAUGAGAACAGAAAUUGCGCGGUGGUGGCGGGAGGCCCCAUAGGCUAAAGUGGUGCCUCAGGUUAAGAACAGUUUCAGGUUAAGUACGGACCUCCAGAUUGAAUUAAGUACUUAACCCGAGGUACCACUGUAUUAUUAUUAGGUAAAGGGUAAAGGGACCCCUGGCCAUUAGGUCCAGUCGUGGCCAAUUCUGGGGUUGCGGCGCUCAUCUCGCUUUAUUGGCCAAGGGAGCCGGCGUACAGCUUCCGGGUCAUGUGGCCAGCACGACUAAGCCGCUUCUGGCGAACCAGAGCAGCGCACGGAAACCGUUUCCCUUCCCACUGGAGCGGUACCUAUUUAUCUACUUGCACUUUGACGUGCUUUCAAACUGCUAGGUUGGCAGGAGCAGGGACCGAGCAACGGGAGCUCACCCCAUCAUUGUGGGGAUUCGAACCGCCGACCUUCUGAUCGGCAAGUCCUAGGCUCUGUGGUUUAACCCGCAGCGCCACCCGCGUCCCUAUUAUUAUUAUUAUUAGUGUUGAUAUUAAUAUAUAAUAUUUGUACAUUUUUAGUAGAUACACAGAUCAGGCCAGUGUGGUGGAGGGGUCUUAACCGCCAAACUCAAAGGGUGAUCAUGGAAUAUUAUCAUUCCAGAACUAGGGGCCAGAGAGCAGGGGGAAAGCACUUGGAGGAAAAAUUUGUGGAUAAGAGGGCAAUCUGUCUCCGUGGUCCGAGGGAGAAAUGAUUCUCAAUGCCAGAGGCUGGAAACCACAGGAGGGGAGAGUUCUGCUGGGAUUCUGCUUGCUGGCUUUCCACAGGCACCUGAUUGGUGGCUUUGAGAACAGGAUGCUAGACUCGAUAGGCUAGGGGCCUGAUUCACGCAGGGCGUUUAUUGCGUUCUCAAAGGACCGGAGUCUCCCAGUCCUAACUGGACUGGCAACUGGGUCCCGCUUCAACAUUGCUGUGGAGACCAGCAGGCUAGCUUGGAGGUCAUGACAUGGUUAGGCGGUGGGAUCCUGGUGGUACUUGACAGUAUAGCUUCAUCUCUGCAUGGAGAGAUUUCGGUCUCACCUGCGAGUACAAUGGGGGGUGCGUUGGUUAAGGGGUGCUAAGGAGUAACUAGUCCAUAUUAAGUACCCAUGCGAGGAAAGGUUAAUUAGGAGAGCCACCUGGUGAAAAGAAAACUGAGUUGAUCAAUUGCACAAGUUUUCACAGAUUGAAAACUAAGUUUGCAUGUGAGUAAAAUGACAGUGUUGAAGGGGUGAGAUGAUCGGGCAGGGCAACCGUUGCAGCAGGUAGCAUCUUGAAGGACCUCUUUCCUGGGUGAGAGUGUCUCUUCUCAUAAUAAAUUUAUUAUGGAAUUUUAAUUUUUUUAAAAGAGAGAAUGCCUCUUCUCAGAGGACCACCAGUGCCAUCUUAGAUAAGAGGACUUCCCUUCCACGGUGGGAGAAGAUUCCUCUCCUGAAGUUGUGUCUGCUGCUGCUGUGUGACAGACACCAUCAUGCAGCCCAGCAAGUACCGUAUUUUUUGCUCUAUAAGGCUCACUUUUUCCCUCCUAAAAAGUAAGGGGAAAUGUGUGUGCAUCUUAUGGAGCGAAUGCAGGCUGCGCAGCUAUCCCAGAAGCCAGAACAGCAAGAGGGAUUGCUGCUUUCACUGUGCAGCGAUCCCUCUUGCUGUUCUGGCUUCUGAGAUUCAGAAUAUUUCUUUUCUUGUUUUCCUCCUCCAAAAACUAGGUGCAUCUUGUGGUCUGGUGCGUCUUAUAGAGCGAAAAAUACGGUACACAGGAAGUUGCCUUUGGCAGACUCAGAUCGUUGGUCCAUAUAAUUCAGAGUAGUCCACACUGACAGGUAGGAUUUCAGGCAGGAUAUCUUACCUGGAGAUGCCAUUGGGAGUUGAAUCUGGGACUAUGGAAUCUGGUGUGCAAGUCGGAGACAGAUAUCUCUUCCAAGGUGAUUCCUAAGAAAGACAACAGCUGUCCUAAGAUUGCUUAACGUUUGGUAGACAUACCCAAAUAUGUGCAGCUUUGGCGAUGGAUUCAUGCCUGGUGCCCAUUGCUUAACCAUUUGACACACCGAUGACUGCAUAUCCUCAUGCCUGGUGCUUUUACAUCCUGGGUUGUCCAGAUGGAGAUGAAACAUUGCCUUUCCAUUGUGAAAACUGAAAAUUUCUAUUAUUGCCUUCUCAGAGCCAAGUUUAAAGUGAGGUGCCUGUGACCAGCAAGAAAAUCCAGAUUUCCCCCCCGUUUCAACAAAGUUCCUUCCCAUUUUGGGUUUAGAACUGCAGCCUCCCAGCCUUGAUGACAGAUAUUUACGUGUAAGUAAACCCCUCUCAGUUCAAUGGGACUCUUACAAAGAGGGAAUGUUAUUACCUGUGGCUUUUGUUAAGUACUUGGAUAAAAUAAAUAAAUACCUUCUUUUCACAUCUAAAAUAACAUCUGCCCCGGUUAAAUCAGCAAUUCCUUUUUAUGUUGAAGGUAGUGAGUAUGGAUGGAGAUGGACUUAACUAUGGGAGAAAGAAGAAAAGGGAGGAAUUGAGUCAACGAUUUACGGCGGUGGGGUUGGGGGAGGUUGUAUGUAUUUUUAUAAAAGUGAUAAAUUGAUAAAAUAGCUUCUUAAUGAUGUCAUAAUCCAAUUGGUUAAUAUUACCAUAAAAGGUAAAGGGACCCCUGACCAUUAGGUCCAGUCGUGGCCGACUCUGGGGUUGUGGCGCUCAUCUCGCUUUAUUGGCUGAGGGAGCCGGCGUACAGCUUCCGCAUGUGGCCAGCAUGACUAAGCUGCUUCUAGUGAACCAGAGCAGCGCACGGAAAUGCUGUCUACCUUCCCGCCAGAGUGGUACCUAUUUAUCUACUUGCACUUUGAUGUGCUUUUGAACUGCUAGGUGGGCAGGAGCUGGGACAAAGCAAUGGGAGCUCACCCUGUUGCAGGGAUUUGAACCGCCGACCUUCUGAUUGGCAAGUCCUAGGCUCUGUGGUUUAACCCACAGCGCCACCUGUGUCCCUGAAUAUUACCAUAGGAACCAGUAAAACUGCAAUUGCACUUUCUUGGGAGUAGGCCCUCUUGAAUUCAGUAGGACUUACCUCUGAGUAGGAAUGGUUAGGAUUGUGCUGUAACUGCAGAAAAGCGUAUAUACGGUAGUUUUUGCUUCGACUGCAUCCAUUUUCAGGCUUUGGUCCUUGGACUGAGCAAGAUUAGUCCCAAGCAUGGCAGGGAUUUGUUCUGGGGUGGGGUGAACAUCCAGAUGUGGCCCUCCAGAUGUUGGUGGACUACAAGCCCCAUCACUCCUAACCAUCGGUUAUUUGCAUCAUUAGCCAAAAGGCUGAUUCGAGGGCACCUUCUGGUUUCCUGCACUUCUUAGCUUCAGGUGAUUCUUCCUACAUCCACCUUGCUUGUCAGGAACACUCACUGACUGUGAUGGAUUCUGGGCGGUGCGCUUGAGCCCAGCAGGGUCCUCCUUUAGAAGCACGACCCUCUUGCCACCCCUGAUUGUCUGUGCCAGGCAGGUAGGUGGCAGGGGCAGAGCGGUGCCCUCUGAUCACCACCGCAUAGAGCCAUGGAAAACGACAGCUUUCAGUUCAGCUUUGGAUCAUAGAACUGCAAAGUUGGAAAGGCCUGAUCUAACCCACCGCAAUGCAGGAAUCCCUGACACAUGGCCAUCCAACCUCAUGUUGUGUUGUGUUCUGUUGUGUUGUGCUAUUUAUAUCCCACCUUUCCCCCAGUUUGGGACUCGAGACUGCUUACGCAGUUAAAAUAAAACAAGCUGAAAACAUAGAAGAGGCAUGGACUGUGGGAUGUGAUACGUAAGAAGCAGUCAAGUACAACAUUCCUUGUUUUCCUAGAGUGGACAUGCGGGGGAAUGUUUGGUCCAGCCAGUCGAAAACUUCCAGUUUCCUCCUGCCUGGGACACCCUUCCUUUGCAUGUGACUCAAUGUGGGCGUGACCUCACCUGUCCAGGUAACAAAAGGACAAGACACGCAACACAUUCUCUCUCUCUCUGACUUCCUCUGUCGUUGGAGCAGCUUUUUAGCUUUGGCUUUCAGCCAACAGAGGACACUGGGAUUAUCCCCAUAUGGGAUAGAUACAUAGCUAUCAACUUUUCCCUUUUCUUGAGAGGAAUCCUAUUCGGAAUAAGGGAAUUUCCCUUAAAAAAAGGGAAAUGUUGACAGCUAUGGAUAGAUCCGCAGGUAUAUAUCUUUAACUAAGCCUGCCUUCAGGGAUCCCACUGUGAACUGGUAUGAGUAAACUUCUUUUAUAUACUUUAAACAAGAUUGUGGCAUAUUUAUUCUUUUAAGAGGGAUGUAAGGGAACUUACCAGGAACCUAGUAGUGAGAGGCUUAAACAAGCCUGCAACCAGCUAUCCACUGUGCGUUUAAAAGGGGAAUGUAAAACUCGGCUAAGUAAAAGAACUUGCUAGCGCAAGUUAGGAAGGAUAUUAAUAAACAAUAUAUCCUCUCCUGCCUCCCUGAACAUUCAUGGACAAAUUCAUGACGAGGCUGCGGGUGGCUGCUAGUCCUGAUGGCUGUGUUUUGCCUUCAUGGCUGGAGAUAAUAAAGGCUUCUGCAUCCUAGUUGCUGGAAGCCACAGGAGGAAAGAGUGCUGCUCUCGCACCCGGGUCCUGCUUGCGGGUUUUUUCAUGGGGCAUCUGGUUGGCCACCAUGGGAAGAAGAUGCUGGACUAGGUGGGCCCCCUUGGGCCUGAUCCAGCCUCAAGACUCUUUUUAUGUUCUCCAAGGUUCUGUGAACAAGGAAGGGCCUCUUUGAAACAAUGGAGUGGGUAAACAGAUCCCAUUAGAACCCCCCUUUUGUUGUUGUUUAGUUGUUUAGUCGUGUCCGACUCUUCGUGACCCCAUGGACCAGAGCACGCCAGGCACUCCUGUCUUCCACUGCCUCCUGCAGUUUGGUCAAACUCAUGCUGGUAGCUUCGAGAACACUGUUCAACCAUCUCGUCCUCUGUCUUCCCCUUCUCCCAGUGCCCUCCAUCUUUCCCAACAUCAGGGUCUUUUCCAGGGAGUCUUCUCUUCUCAUGAAGUGGCCAAAGUAUUGAAGCCUCUGCUUCAGGAUCUGUCCUUCCAGUGAGCACUCAGGGCUGAUUUCCUUCAGAAUGGAUCGGUUUGAUCUUCUUGCAGUCCAUGGGACUCUCAAGAGUCUCCUCCAGCACCAGAAUUCAAAAGCAUCCAUUCUUCGGCGAUCAGCCUUCUUUAUGGUCCAGCUCUCACUUCCAUACAUCGGUACUGGGAAAACCAGAGCUUUAACUAUACGGACCUUUGUUGGCAAGGUGGUGUCUCUGCUUUUUAAGAUGCUGUCUAGGUUUGUCAUUGCUUUUCUCCCAAGAAGGAGGCGUCUUUUAAUUUUAUGACUGAUGUCACCAAACAGCAACCCCCCCUCCUUAAAAGCAAAUGACCUCAGAAGAUGCAGUGGCAAGAUGGGGAAGGAGAUGGCUGGAAGGGAGCACAUCCUCGGGAGAGUUACUCAGCACCAAGAGGGCAGGAUGAGUUGUUUGACCCGAUUAGCAACUUUCUCAGUAGUCCAAACCUUUUCCUGCUUCUUUCUUUCCUUCUGUUUUUUUAUGUGUUAGCAAAAACUGCUAAGAUUAGAAUAGAGGAAGUGAAUUGGCAUUGAAGAGCUUCCUCCUUCUUUGUUUUUUCGAUCCUGGAAACAGCUGUCAGUCACAUCCACAUUCCCUCCCCUCUGGGUCACCAAGUUGCCAUAUGCACAUUUGCCCAGCAGACAAUGCGGAGAUGCUGGUGGUGUUUAGAGGAAGCGUGCAGAUUUUGGAGGCGUCACACCCUGGCCUUGUGAGGGGCUGAGUGCUGCAGGGAAAGUGCUCAUCAUUGUUCUACUCACCUCACCUCAAAAUCUUCACCUGCAUUUUUUCAGCUAAUGUGAUCUGAAAGCAAAAGCAUUUAAGUUGCUGUUCACUGCCAGGAUUUGUGUGUGUGAGCACCAAAUUAAAAAGUUGUUCUACUCCAUUUUUUAAAAAAAGUUUUAAUUUAUGCAUCUCCUGUUUAACUUAGGGACACGGGUGGCGCUGUGGGUUAAACCACAGAGCCUAGGGCUUGCCGAUCAGAAGGUCGGCGUUUCGAAUCCCGGCGACGGGGUGAGCUCCCGUUGCUCGGUCCCUGCUCCUGCCAACCUAGCAGUUCGAAAGCACGUCAAAGUACAAGUAGAUAAAUAGGUAACGCUCCGGCGGGAAGGGAAACGGCGUUUCCAUGCGCUGCUCUGGUUCGCCAGAAGCGGCUUAGUCAUGCUGGCCACAUGACCCGGAAGCUGUACACCGGCUCCCUCGGCCAAUAAAGCGAGAAGAGCGUUGCAACCCCAGAGUCAUCCGCGACUGGACCUAAUGGUCCCUUUACCUUUUACCUGUUUAACUUGCUGACAAAGGAGCUAAUGUCUUGCAAUUAAGAACAGGUGUAAUAAGAAGCCAAGAGGGGGGAAAUAAUAAUUAAAGAGUGGGGAACAUUUGUGGACUAUCUGAAAAAUUAUGGUAUGCAAGUAAGUGUAUUAGUAGGGUUAACUUAAGCAGUUAAAAUUAUUUUCAAGGUAAAUUGCAGAAUAACUUAAAAAUGGAGUAAAGUGGGAAAUGCAGUGUUAAAAAUUUAAAUAAGACAAGAAACCACAAAGGGGGGGGGAGAGUCUAAUAUGCAUUUGUAUUGGAGGUAUGUGAUUGUAAGGUGUUCGUCUGUGAACUUUUGAAAACUGAAAAUAAAAUUUAAAACAAUAAUAAAUUCUUGCAAUUAAGAAACUCUGCUACACUUGAGCAGUGAGAUAACUCGAUCUAAUCUCUUGCAAGACCUUAGAUCUCAGCUGUGUGAGCAGCCCAGGGUUAGGGAAGCUACCUAAAUGACCAGCUGCAACUCUUGGCAGCGAGUUGAGAUGUGGAGAUGGCCUGAUAUACUGAUUUCCUUUGAACUUGCAUGCUCACCUUAACUCCAGAGGUUAUUGCCUUAUUUGGCAAUAAAUUGAUUAGGAAGAAUCCUGGGGGGAAAGCUGAGCCGGGGGACGACGUUAGUGAGAUUCAGCCUGAAAUUUGGGCACCGGCAGGGCAGAAGUUUUGGAGGGCAUGAAUGAUCACCAGAAGAGCACAGUGUCUGGAUCAGGCCAAAGGGGACCUAUGUAGCCCAGCAUCCUGUUCCCACAGUGGGCAACUGGGUGCCCCAGUGGGAAUCCUGCAAGCAAGGACCGGAGAUCAAUAGCUUUCUCCUGAAUUGUGAUGCUUGCAAGGGGAAUUUAGUUAGUUCCCCAGUGCUGGAGUAGCGCAUAGUCAUUACAACCAGUAGUGUUAAGUAAAGAGGAGGAUUGUUUUGAGAAGAUACUGAAUUAUUUGAGUAGGUUUGAACAAUUUGGGGCAAUUAAAAUGUUAAAAGUUAAAUAAACCUUGUGGAAGGAGGAGUGUUAAGGUAUAUGGAAGUGUACAUAUGGUUAAAUUGAAUAUGUUAUUAUUGAAUAUGUAUAUUAUUGAAUAUUGUAUACCCAAAGUAUCCAACGCCUGGGGGGUUUCACUGUUUGUGUUUUGGUGGUUGGUAAAAAAUAAAAUAGAAAAAAAAGUUAGGAAAAAAAAGUUCCACGAAUUUGCCCGCACGCCUUUCAAAGCCACCCCAGUCGUGACCGUUGCUAUAUACUGUGGGAGCAAAAUUUCAUAGUUCCAACUAAGCGCUGUGUGAAAAAGUCCUUCCUCUUGCCUCUCCUGAAUCUCUUCAGCUACGUGGGGCGGAGGCUGCGGCCAUUUUGUGCUUCCAGAAGAGGACUCAAAAUAGCUGACAUCUCCUGGGUUCCAGGCCUGAUAGAUCUCCUGGUUCCUGCCAGGGGUUGGUUAUGGCCUUGAGGAACCUCAGCCUUUCUUUCCCUCUUAUUUUCUUCCUCGUUUCCAGGCCUGAGGGAACAUGAAGCUGAACGAGCGAAGCUUGGCCUUCUACGCCACCUGCGACGCCCCGGCGGACAACGCCGGCUUCCUCUACAAGAAGGGCGAGAGGAACACGGCCUACCACCGCCGCUGGUUUGUGCUGAGGGGAAACAUGCUCUUCUACUUUGAGGACCGGGACAGCCGGGAGCCGGUGGGGGUCGUCAUCCUGGAGGGCUGCACCGUGGAGCUGUGCGAGUCCACGGAAGAGUUCGCCUUCGCCAUCCGCUUUGACUGCGCCAAGUCCCGUACCUACGUCCUGGCGGCGGAGAGCCAGGCCGCCAUGGAGAGCUGGGUCAAGGCCCUCUCUCGCGCCAGCUUUGGCUACCUGCGACUGCUGGUGAGGGAGCUGGAGAAACAGCUGGAGGAAAUGCAGAAGGCCUCUUCCGGCUGCCACCGGGUCCAGCGGAGGGCGCCGCUUUACCGGAAGAACAAAAUGGCGCUGAACUCACAGGACUUGCUCCCGGAGAAGCCGUCCGUCCCAAUUUGCAUCCCGGCAAAAGAAAAUGGCUGCGCCCUCUGGUACAACUCCGAAGGCCCAAGCAGCCUGCCGGCGGGGUAUCCCCAAGCCAACUCCUGGAGCACCAGGACCUGUGGGGAGGACAGCUUCGAUGCGGGUCUGAAGCCCCCACCGCUGCCUCCUCGAAGGAGGGCUCUCUCGGGCAAUUCCUGUAGUUCAGAGGGCCCUGGCAGCCCAAGCUGCUUUUCCAGACUCCAUGACACGUAUGGAAGGGAAGUCCUGGAGCUGAGAAGGGCAUGGCUGGAGGGACAAAAGGAUGGAGGGCUGUGAGGGACUCCUUGGCAGCGGGGGCACCUUGGGAGAGGCCAAUAAAUGGAGACCUUGGCUGCUGUAGAUAACACUCAGCUCCUGGAAACUCUGCGCUCUGCCUGCCGUUGCGCCAGCUCAAAUCUUCCCAUUGCCUUUAAAACCCGGGCCAGUUGCUUUUCCGCUCCUGUUCCUCCUCUCCGUGCAGUUCCUGGAAAAGACUUGCCAUCCUUUUGCACCUAGAAAGCCUCAGCUUGUUAAUGAUAAAAAGGGAUCAGACUUUAAUACCAGCUGUCACCACCACCCAGGCCAGACUUGAACCACCGUCAGAGGUGUUGACAUUUCUUACCGUGGUCCUCCUCUCCUUCCUGGCAGGGGCUUCUGCCGUUGAGACGGAUGUCUGCUGUUACCAAACACUGGGUUGGGCACAGUUUGGGGCAGUGGGACCAGGUUAAGCAGUGGGAUCAGAUGGUUUGGGCCAGCUCUCCACCAAAGGGAAGGCAGAGACAUCUACACGGACCAUCCCGGUUCUGACAUCAUGGCGGGGCUGGUUUGGAAAAGGUCGCCAUCGUUUUACUUGCUGUCUCCUGGGAUUCUUCCAUCUUGCAUCAAGCACUGUCAGGUGUUGGGUGUUCCUGGUUUGUCGUUGGUUAAAGUAGAGGCACCUGAGCAUACAGGUGUGAGAGAGGCCUUCGGGGACCCUUCAUUCUGCAUGCUCCUCAUAACUCAGUUUCACCUUUGAAUGGCACUGGCUUAGGUGGGGUUAAGACUACGGUUACACUACAAUUGUAAAUGGGUUUAAUACUCAACCUCCCCCCUCCCAAAUAUGACCUUGGGGAAAUGUCCACUAAGAGUCUGAAAUAAAGGGCAGCUGUCAACAUUUUUUCCUGGUGCUCUGACAAUCAAAACCGAAGAUGCAUGGUUAAUGAGUCAGACACGGCUGCAAUAUGCAAGGAGCAGGCUGUGUUUAUUUGCGGAAGAACAAAGUCUGUGUCCUGCCAUAGAAAAAUACUGGGCUGCAGCCAUUGCUAGUCCUGCUCAGGGGAGACAUUUUGGAAUGGAUGGACAUGACUUAACUUGGGGCCAUUAAUUUCAAGGGGUCUACCCCGAGUAGCACUUAGGCUGCAUUCACCCAGCCGUUAGUUCCAAUUUUCCUAAUAUUUCCAUUACUGUUAGUUUCUAUAUUUUUUCCCAGCUUUUGCAUGACAUAAAAGGCACUUCUGAAAUAUAGUGGAAUAUGGAGCCAGUUUAGUGCUCAUCUCUCUGGUAUCUGUGAUACAGAAAAAUUAAUUUGCUUGCAGGAAAAAAUCCUUGUGCAGAUAACAUGGAAAUGUGUGCUAUAUUUGUUCCAUAUUAUGCUAUGUUUCCGGAAGUAGCUUUUACGUUGAGUGAAAGCUCAAAUGUAAUGCAGAACCCAGCAGUUAAGGAAAUGUCAUGGAAAUUGAAUAAACAGCAGUGUGGAUGGAUGCAGCCUUUGUUGGCUCCAACCUGUUGUCUGCACUGCUUCUGUUAACUUACGAAGUUUCCCCUUUCUUUUGUAAAAUAUUUCCUCGGCCUUGACCAUCACCCCAUUUGCCAUUUUAUAAAGCCCAUUUGAAGGGCAAAGAAUCUUUCUUGAACUAGAGCCAUCAUGACAACGCUGAGAGGGAAUCUUUGCAAUCUCAUUUUACAGAAAUGGAGUUGAGUGAGUUGACCCAAAAUGUACAUGUUUUGUGUGUGUGCACAGGGGACGCUUAGCUGGCUCUCGUGAUGAGGAAACGAGGGGCAGCUUCGUGUAUGUUCAUUUCUCCUUUACUCUUCAUUGCUAAAGAGGGAGAGGCAGCAUAGCAUAGUGGUUAGAGUGUCAGGGUUUCAGACAAAGGACAUUCCUGCCCUUGCCUGGAGAUAUUGGGGGUUGAACCAGGGACCUGUCCAGCUCUGCCAAUGGACUACAGCUCUUCCCCUCAAAAUGAAGUAAGUUCCUAGACCUCAUGGCUGUUGAUAAGGAGCUGAGUGAAAUAGGAGCAAAGGAAGCUGUCUUGCUCCAAACCACAUCACUGGUUCAUCUCGUUCCAUGUUGUCCAAACUGGAGUGGCUGCCAAGCAUUUCAGCCAGAGGCUCCCUGGGCCUUAACAGGAAAUGCUACAGACUGAACCUUGGACCUUCUCCAGAGAUCACCUCCCUGCUUUUCAUAUUUACAAAUGGCAGUGCAAUGCGGCGUGGGAAAUUGCAUUGGUAAAAGUGACUGGAAGAGGAAAGAAACGCCAUCUUGGGUGGGGAAUCAGGCAGUCAUUUUCAAACUUCAGCCAAAAAGAGGAGGCGUCGUAAUGACAUCCCCUGAGCUAUUUUCCCAGUCUGGCCUUUUCUUCUACAGCUGUUCCUCGAGUCAGGUUUGUGUGAAGUGGGGUUCCUGCGAAACCAGCUUUGUUUAUGUGUUCCCGUGGGUAUAUAUAAUCUAUCACUUCUCUGUUCCUGCUUCCUUCUGAUGAACUCGGCUACCACAGACUGUAAAAAUAGAACGGAAUACGUGAAUCCCUCUUGUCAGCCUCCAAUAUUGCAUUAUGGGAUAGGGGAAGGAGGCGUUCUUCAUUUCUGGUUGGUAAUGUCCAAAAAAAUGCAUUUAGGCAAACGAAAAUAGGAUGCAGCUUACGAGCUAAUACUGAUCCUGUCUAGUUCAGCAUUACCUACACGGACUUGCAGCUGCGCUCUGGGGGUUUCAAGCAGGGGUCUGUUUGCAGACCUACCUGUGCUUAGGGAUUGAACCCGCCGGUGGGUUCCUGAAAAGCUCCACAGCUAAGGUCUUGGCCGGGGUUUCUUCUCAAAAGGAAAACGGGAGACAAGGACUGGCUUCCUUGCAACAACCAAGCUUGCCCACAACUACUGGCUUGCAGCUGUGGGAGGCUGGGUGCCCAGUGCUUGGAGGCAGGUUUGGGGAUGCCUUGUGUCAAAAGUGCAGGCAGCUCUUUAAGGACAGAGGGCAUAUUUUUCCACUGAAAGAGGAGAAUGCAAUUUUGCCACUCGGUGUCUACAGCCAAGGGGGAUGCGGGUGGUGCUGUGGGUUAAACCACAGAGCCUAGGACUUGCCGAUCAGAAGGUCGGUGGUUCGAAUCCCCACAACGGGGUGAGCUCCCGUUGCUCGGUCCCUGCUCCUGCCAACCUAGCAGUUCGAAAGCACGUCAAAGUGCAAGUAGAUAAAUAGGUACCACUCUGGCAGGAAGGUAAACGGCGUUUCCGUGCGCUGCUCUGGUUCGCCAGAAGCGGCUUAGUCAUGCUGGCCACAUGCCCCGGAAGCUGUACGCCGGCUCCCUCGGCCAAUAAAGCAAGAUGCGCGCCGCAACCCCAGAGUCGGCCACGACUGGACCUAAUGGUCAGGGGUCCCUUUACCUUUACCUAUCGCCAGCCACAAGAGUCAGCAGGAAGCAAUUGGUGCAUUGUGCCAGCUUUCGUCAACCUGGUACCCUCCAGAUGUUUUGGGCUACAACAGCAUGCCGGCUGGGGGCUUUAGUCUGAAACAUCUGAGGGUUCCAGGUUUGCAAAGGCUGGCAUUAUGGCAAAAGGUGAAGUCUUCUGCCCCCCCUCCUUUGCGAUCAUUUAUGCUUGAGCAUGCUCCAGUGGGCACAACCUUCCACACUAGAUCUUGCUGCCUUGCUUUCAGUGAUUCCAGAUUCAUUGCCGUGUCCAAACAGUGUGCUAGUUGCAGGUUGGAUGUGACAAUUCAUUUCCCUCAAGUCCCCUUGAGCCGCCCGGCAGUUGUGCCAGUCACAUUCCCGGACAAGUCAUGCAGUGAGAAUUUGCACAACAAGGCAAAACCAGUUUGGAACUUGAUUUCACUGCUGUGGCCUUCCGCUCCCUCAACGAGGGCCUUGAGGAAUCUUUGGAUAAGUGUUGGGGAUGGCAGGAAAAUUAGGUUUGGUUUGCAUUUUAAUGGAGACCCAGCUAAUUCAUGCUUCCUGCAACCACCUGGGACACAAAGUGCAGCUGUUUUUUUUGAAAUGGCGCAUUUCUUAAUUUGGGGUUGCAGUUCUCGAACCGAAAGAUGUGUACAAAAAUAACUUAAGGGAAAAGUGUGCUAAAGAAAAUGCAUGCAUUGGUAAAAGCAACAUACAAAAAUGUGUAUUAGGGGAUAUCACAUGAAAAAUAUGUAUUCUGGGAGGAAUGUGCACUAAAAUGCCGCUGAACUUUUGUGAGCCUUUAAAAAAAAAAGCUGAUGCAAAGAUGUGAACUGAAUUUGAGAUUGUUCAUCAUCGUCUCUUGCUUCUCCUUUGAAACCUGUUUAAAUUUGGUACUGUUUGUGAAUGGCUUCCUCAGAAAGAUGGAUGCUACCCAGAGGAACCCUCUGCACUCCCCUAGAGCUGUAAUUUGGCACCUCAUUUUCACAGGUGAUAUGUGUGCUUUGGGGCUGUCAUGGCAAUCACCUAGUGUUGUAUCAUACUUCUGAUUAAGAAAUAGAAUUAAAGAUUUACACUGAACAAUUGAGGUGC